AGAGAGAGAGUCUCCCUUUUUAUGGCCCAAUCUUAUUGCAUAGAAAGAGACCCUUUUACUCUGAUAUAAGCAGCAUUAACUCCCUUCUUUGUGAUAUUCUUCUUCUCUUUUCUUCUUCUUCUUCUUCUUCUGAAAUCUUAUUUAUAGAUCUAGCCUAGCAACAAACCAGCUGGAAAAGCUCAGCUCUUUGGACUAACCAUACGCUGACCCUCUGACUGGUUUUAGCCAGCCCUUCAUGAGUAGUCUGAUUCUAGGAGUGGAACAUUUAUUGACCUGACAAGCAGUGGAAAAGCUAUUAUUGCUGCUAUAUAUUUGUGGUUUAGUUAUAGAAUAAGUACCAGAUAGAUGUCGAGAAGAACUUGGAAGAGGGUUGUCUUGAUGAGAUGAGGGAUGUUAUCGGGGUUGAUGAACUUUCUCCAGGCCUGUUUCGGGCCAAGGUCGGACCGAUAUGUUCAUUCAGGCUCCAAUUCUGUGGGGCGGCAAGACGGGCUCUUGUGGUACAAAGAUAUGGGCCAACACUCAACCGGUGAUUUCUCGAUGGCCGUUGUGCAAGCAAACAGUCUUCUCGAGGAUCAGAGCCAGAUUGAGUCGGGAAGUUUGAGCUCGAAUGAGUCUGGCCCUUUUGGUACAUUUGUGGGUAUAUAUGAUGGGCAUGGUGGGCCUGAGACAUCUCGCUAUAUCAAUGAUCACCUUUUUCAGCAUCUCAAAAGGUUCACUUUGGAGCAGCAGUCGAUGUCAGUUGAUGUUAUAAGGAAGGCCUAUCAGGCAGCAGAGGAGGGCUUCGUCUCUGUCGUGACCAGACAGUGGCCAACGAAACCACAAAUUGCAGCUGUCGGAUCGUGUUGCCUCACCGGGGUCGUCUGUGGUGGGACCCUCUACAUUGCAAACCUCGGUGAUUCACGAGCUGUCCUGGGGAGAGCUGUGAAGGCCACAGGGGAGGUUAUAGCAGUUCAGUUGUCGGAUGAGCACAAUGCAUGUAUAGAGUCCGUGAGGCAGGAGCUCUGUUCUAUGCAUCCUGAUGAUAAGCAGAUUGUUGUUUUAAAGCAUAAUGUGUGGCGUGUAAAGGGCCUCAUACAGGUCUCGAGGGCCAUUGGUGAUAUAUACUUGAAGAAGGCUGAGUUCAACAGGGAGCCGUUAUAUGCCAAAUUUCGACUUCGUGAACCUUUCAAGAGACCAAUCCUAAGUGCAGAACCAUCGAUAUCUACGCACCAUUUGCUACCGGACGAUCGGUUUGUUAUAUUUGCAUCCGAUGGGCUGUGGGAGCACCUGACUAACCAGGAAGCAGUAGAUAUCAUUCAAAAUCAUCCUCGCAGUGGAAGCGCGAGGCGGCUCGUGAAAGCUGCACUACAGGAAGCAGCGAAGAAGAGAGAAAUGAGAUACUCAGACUUGAAAAAAAUCGACCGUGGUGUCCGCCGCUUCUUCCACGAUGAUAUCACCGUGAUAGUUCUCUUCCUCGACUCAUCAAACCUCUUUGUGAGCAAAUGCCCUAGCGUAUCUGUGAGAGGUGGAGGCAUCACUUUGCCUCCCAACACGUUGGCCCCUUGCUAGUAAGUACUGGAAAUCAAUGGAAAGCUGUGGCUGUAAGUAGUAGUAGUAGGAGGAGAAGAAGCUGUUCUUUGUUAUUCUUUUCAUAUUUGGAAAAUCCUGUAACUCGUUGUACGUUCCAUGUAUAAUAUCGUGAAUACAGGGCGUGAUGCUUGAUAGAUGAAUGGGGAGCCGAUCGACCCUCAAAUUCGAUUCUUUAGUGUACACGAUGACUCUUUGUAAUAUUUUUAGAUGCUGAUGAUGAAACUGAUACUUGCCCUUUUAGCUUAA